AAAAUGAACAUAACCAACUUUUAUCUUGAUUCAACAUAAUCGACGUGGAUUUAAGGAGAACAAAUUGGGAAAAAAUUACUUUCCUCUAUUGUGAAUUUAUAUCAUUUCAAAUGUAAUUAACAUAUAUAUGAGUAAUAAAUUUUGUGGAAUAAUCAAUUGUAAAAAUUAACCUACACUACUAUAAAAUACUAUACUAUUACUAUACUAUACUAUACCACAGAAACAAUUUGUUUGUUAAAGGUGAAUAUAUUUAAAAGAUUAUGUUCAUAUCAACAAGACAAAGAUGAUACAAAAAUGAUCGUGAAUUGAAAAGAUUAUUUCAAGAAAUAGUAAAUUCAAUCAAGAAAAAGUCGAUGAAUACGUUGCCAGCAAAUAGAACAUUGAACACAUUCAAUGGUAAUAAUGCUAGACGUUCAAGUAUCUCAGCAAUACGUUAUGCUCGAUCGACAUCAUUGUAUUUUCCUAAUACAGAUACAGAUGAAGAAAGUCGUAGUCAAUUACUUACAAGUGAAAGUAUUGCAGAAACACGUAGAGCUGAAACAAUGAAUCGAUUAAAUCGUAUCGAUGUUAAAAGUGAAGGAUCUAGGAAUUUAACAAAUCCAUUAUUUGAUAGUAUGAGCAGUAUAGACCAACCAUGGUUACGUGGUUAUGGUCAAACUGUUGUGUUAUCUCCACCAAAAAUUAAUUUACCUAUUCAACAACAAAAUUCACACCAAUCACAACAACCAUCCUCCAUGGAACACGAUACCGCUAGUACCAUUCAAGAUAUGCAACAUUCAAUACGCUUACCUACGCCUAGAAGUCCUAAUAUAAUGCAUGGAGGUUAUGGUGCCCUGCCACCUUUACAUUAUGGUACAUCGAUAAGAGAUGGUUACGCAAGCAGUAGUGGAGGUGUUGGAAUUGGGGCAGGAGGAAUUGGCAGUGGAAUUGGGAGUGGUAGGAAAAACAACAAAAAGAAGUUAUCUUGUUUAUCUUGUCUACAUGGAACUAAUAAACUUGAAUCGUCAACAAAUUUCUAUUCAUCAUCUGAUGACUUAAACUUAAUAGAUGACCUAAAUAAAUCAGAUGGACAUGAAGUGAAUAAACGAGAACAACAACAAAAUCCAUAUAUUAUCUGUUUGUCGAUUGUCUUCGCUUUGAUGGACAUUCUUUUAUUGAUCGGGUUAACUUUACUGAUAUUCUUUUUCAACUGUUCUGCUGAUGGAUGGUUGUACACAGACCCUAGAAUUCGAUCAAUUUGUGUUACUUUAUGGGCUGAUUGGAUACCUUUGUAUCAAAGAAAGUUUCAAUGUCCUGAUAUACCACCCGGUUAUGCAGAUAGUAUUAUUAGUAGUAGCGGUGUUAGUAAUCUCGGUAAUAUUGGUGAGUCAAAUCUUAAUCUGAAACCUCUAUUGGAACGUAUGAAUAUGCUUAGUAAACAACAACAAACUGCUGUAUCAUCAUCGUCCUACCCUACAUUAACCACACCUAAUCCAUUAUCUCAACUAUCACAAUAUCAAUCAAAAUGGAAUAUUUAUGAUGUAAAAAGAAUUAAUCCAGAAUUUUGGGAUGGUGAUCUAGGAUUAAUGAUUCCACCAAAAUUAAUUAUUCCUUCUAUGGAACAACAAUUAUAUGGACCGAGAGAUACUGUUAAACAAUUAUAUGGUCGUAAUUAUCCAACUGAUAAACAAUUUAUACAAGGAAUUAAAAAUGAUCAUCAAUGGUUACAAUUUCCACAAUCACAAACUGAUCUUUAUCAUCAUAUGACAAUUAGUUCAAUUGUUACCUGUUCAAUAAUUAUACCGUUAAUACUAAUUUGUUUCUCAGAAAUCACUUUCUAUUUCUUCAACUGUUGUCAAACGUGCCUAACAAAAACUAAUUCAAAACUGUGGGGUACUAUGAAAUUUAUUGGUCAAAUUUAUCGUCUAUUCAUUACUUACAUUUUUGGCCUUCUUACAACAAUGCUUUUAGUCUGGUUAAUUAAAGUUUCUGUUGGACGUCUUCGACCAGAUUUUAUUCAAAUAUGUCGUCCAUCUGAAAAUGUUUGUCCUAAAUGGUAUAGAAUAAUACAAAAAACACGUCAAUCUACAGAUGAACGCAGUGCAAUUGAAUCAGAUCCACAACUAUUAGAUUUAAUUGUUGCACAAUUAGCUAAGCAAGGUAAAUAUUUAGUUACAGUAGCUACAACACCUUCUCCGGAAUCAUCAACUGGUCACUUAUCAGAUGGAUUAUUUACAAAUGCAGAUUGUAUGGAGAAUAAUAUUUUAAAACUUAAAGAGGCUAGAACGUCAUUUCCUUCACUGGGAGCAGCUGUUUCGAUGUAUGCAGCAAUUUUUGUAACAGUCUAUAUUACUGCAUUAAUGAAAAAUUUUCGAGAUGCCUGUCUUUGCAUUCCAUUCUUAUCAUUGCUUGGUGUUAGUCUAAUUGCUCUAAUCCUUGGUGUCAAUAGAGCGAUUUACAGAAAUAACUGGUUUGAAGAUAUUUUAGCCGGUUGGAUUAUCGGUAUUUGUAUAGCCAUAUACGUUUGUUUUAAAGUUUUAUACAAUCGUGACAAAUUGAAUGAUUUAACUAAUUAUGAUUUAAAUCGUCGUUUGCAUAGAAUUCAAACUUUAAUUCAAACUCAUCAUGAUUAUAAACAAUCUGAGUUAAAAAUGAUGAAAUAUUUGUGAUAUUCAUACAGGUAAGUAACACUAGUGAUAACAACGAAAGAAUUUUCAAAGGAAAAAAAUUCUAAGAAUAAAUAAAAAUAUUGAAAAGUUGAAUUAUAUCACACUUUUUAAAUGAGCCAAGUAACAAUAAUCAAUAAUUUGUUACAUAGUUUCUAAGCAAACUUUUAGUUUUAUUAAUAACCAGUUUUUUGUUGUUUUUUUUUAUUAUAAAAAAAGUAUGUUCCUGUUGAGUUUUCCAUUCUUUGUCUCUUUUCCUUCUUUUUUUUUGUUUUUAUUGAAGAAAAAGCAGUACAUACUGCUAUGGUUUUAUUAUUUCUUCUCUUUAAAUUAAUGAUGAUUCAGUUGUUUGGAAUCUUAUCUAAAAAUGAACAAUUUUUUUUGUUUUUCAUUUAGGAAUUAUUUAUAUUGUUGAUAAUCAUUUGAAUGACUACUUUUACAUUAUGUUUAAUGAUGAUAUGGGUAAAUUGUGAUUUUUAAUUAUAAUAAUAAAACAAAACAAAAUAAACAUUUAUUAUGAAAAUAUGUAAAUGUGAUUUUAUAUUAUUUUAGCUUAAUAGUAAUGAGGUAAUAAUAUUGAUAUAAUGAGUUUAAUUAGACUGAUAUAUCUUGCGGAUUGAACGCUAUAUUCGUUUCCUAAGCUCUUCUGU